CUCCCUGACGCUCAGAAAGCUUGUGAACUUCGUUGAAUGUGCAGGGCAGGUUUUAACACCCGCAAUUAACAAUAACAACAUUGGUUAUCCCAAGUAACAUCUUAAAACCAAUCCUCUUACAUCCGCGGUCUCUCUCGCGUCAUCAUUCCGACGUUUACUUGUGAGAAGCAUUAAUUACGAGGCGAGAUGGGCGAGGUGGCUGUCAACGGUGUAGAGCCGAUCAUGGCCGCCGACCCAAGGGAGGAGUUGUUAAACGGAUCACCUCAGGAAACCAAGGAAAAUGUCGAAGGACUUGUGAAUGGUGUGGUUGAACUAACUGAGCGCAUCAAGCGCAGGGCUAAGCGCCCUUCUAAGUUUUUGAAUAAAGAGUUAAACCGAGCGAACUCUGAUACGCAGGUGAUAGCCCCACUGCGUGCUCUCAAGAACUCUCGUAAGUCCCGUAAUGGUUUUGGUCGUGGACUUCCAAAGAAAGAAACAAAUAUCUUCUCUCGUGGCUGAGUAUUUUGACCAUGGGGAGACACACGAGACUUAUCUCUCCUUUGAGGAAUUACAAGUGUCGACGCGGGCCCACCUUGUGGUGGUGACAGCUAUUGAACUGGCUAUGGACCAUAAACCUUCUCAUAGGGAGAUGACUAGUGUUCUCUUGGCAGAUCUUUAUGGUCACUUGCUCUUUGAGCCACAUUAUGCCAAAGGUUAUGAUAUUCUUAUUAAGAACCUGAGUGACCUGGUGCUGGACACGCCGGACGCACCAACCAUCCUAGGCAAUUUUAUUGCCCGAUCCAUCGCAGAUGAUUGUAUACCCCCUAAAUUUCUUCAAAGCUAUAAAGGCAAAGUGGAUUGUGAGCAUGCAGUAGUGACGUUAGCAAGAUCAGACAGCUUGCUCUCCAUGCGUCAUGGAUUGGUGAGACUGGACAAUGUUUGGGGCGUGGGAGGAGGUACUCGCCCUGUUAAGUACCUGGUGAAGCAGAUGGUACUCCUGCUGGAGGAAUACCUUUCUUCUUCAGAUAUUACUGAGGCUACCAGAUGUCUUUUGGAACUCGAGGUUCCUCACUUUCAUCAUGAAUUGGUGUAUGAAGCAGUAGUAAUGACUUUAGAGAAGAUGGAUGACCGUACCUCAAAACUGAUGUGUGAUUUGUUAGGGUCACUUCACCGUGCCAUCAUCAUCACUCCAACCCAGAUGAAAGCUGGUUUUCUCAGGGUCUAUGAGGACAUGCCACAAAUAUGUGUGGACGUUCCUCCAGCAUAUUCAAUAUUGGAGAGAUUUGUCAUGAGAUGCCAAGCUGCAAAGGUUGUUGGUGAUGACGUUGUGAAAAAGUUGCCUGUCAGGGGGCGCAAACGCUUCGUGUCAGAGGGUGACGGUGGUCGCGUAAAAGACGAUGCCUACUUCUAAUCAGUCAGCUCACACUCGUGAUGCCACUAAGGAAUUUACAUGGCAAGAUUAAAACUUUGAAGUAAUAUAUGAAUUAUGAAAUGCAGAUUUCCUGUUUUAAGGGGUGUUUUUUUAAAUAAAUUUGAAUGAUUAAUUUCCAAUAUUCUGACUGGACCAUACAUUUACGUAUUACACAUUGCAUAAAAUAUGUGAUUUAUUUACUGAAAUAUUUUUGGUUAUUUGGAAUUGAGAAGAAAAUUUCUCUGUGGCAUCCUAGCAAGAUUUAUCAGAUGUAUGGAGGAGACAUAAAUGCCACAGAAAUAUUAUGAAGGCUUGUUUCCUCUUUGCAUGUGAUGAAUGUUGCUGUGUGUACUGAGUUUCCAUGAUGUUUGCAAGUACAGCAUUCUAAUUACUGCAAUGUGGAUUUUUUUAUAGUACAGUGCUGUGUGUUACACAUGACUCAAGGUACAAUUUUUUUUAAUUUUGCAUAUUUGAGUUAGUUUAUCUUCAUUUUACAAAAUUGCAAAUAUAAUUAUGUAAACAAGUGGAGACUCUAUUUGUACUGUAUUGUAGUCAGGUAGUGCAUUGCUUAAUGUCCCACACCUUACGCUUAUACCACUUCCAUAGACGAAGGCACAGUGGUAGACUACCUGUAGGUGGUUCCAGGGGUUGUCACAUCCCAUGGCCUGAUCUUGGACACUUACAAAUUAUCUUGGUGGUGGAGACUGGAGUUCUUCUCAAAGUAGGGCAUGAAGAAUCCAGAAAUUUACUGCAGAAUGUAAAACGUUGCACAAGGGAGUAAUCUACGUAAUGUGCCUUCCUCUUAGGAGUGGGGAAAGUUAGCUUGCUCCUGACACACACUAGCCAACGUGGUAAUGUAUUGAAAAUUUGCAAUAUAUGACAUACAAAGCAUUGAAUUGUGUGACUUGUUUUGGUGUGAUUGAACCUAAACCAGUGGAGUUAAUAUUUGUCCAGCAGCACGUUGGUGCGUCUUAAGCUUUAUUGUUCCCUACUGAGCCGUACCUGUGUAUCAUGCAUAUACUUGUUGCAUAUAGCAAAGAAUUCGUUGCUCACUUGUGAAUACUAUUUUUUCUAUUGUUAAGACUAUGGGAUAGGAAAACAUAUAAAGUUCUGUGGUUAUAGAGCAAGUUUUCUUUACACUAUGUGAAAUUUAUGCUCUUGCCAAGUUGAGCAAGAGUUGGAAGUACAAGACUAAUUUUAGUUUUGAAAAUGGACAAAAAAAAUUAAAAUCUCUCUGGCUAUCCCUUAGAGAGGGGCCUGGGACCAGGGAAGAGGAUUGGUAUAAUAACUUUGUCAGGAUAGAUGCAUAGUUGGGACAGUUUGCAUAUUUUUUUUUAAUUUUACAUAAUAAUGAAGAAUUGUUUGAGAAAAUUAUUUUUUUAAGUAUUUACUAACAAAAUAAUUUCUGUUCAUACAAUGAUUUCUUUUAAAAAUAUUGACCUCGCUCAUUUUCCGCAUGCAUCUGUUUGUGACAAGGUAUAAUUAUUACCUUGGGAUUGUAAUUGAUUAUCAUUGCACAAGAAAAUGUACAAAAAAAUUGUAAAAAUGUAAAAAAUCACAAUAAAAAUUGCAAAAUAGUUA